AUGGCUGGAUUUAUUCAAGACAAAGGCCAGCUGAUUGGUGUUGUACCCGCUAUGAUAUUCAUGGACAAUAUCGGACGCCGCAAUCUGGCGAUUUGGGGGGCUGUCGGUAUGGGAAUUGCUCAUGUCAUCAUGGCGGCCCUAUAUGGCAGCUUUGGCAAUUCCUGGCCCGAUCACGUCUCUGCCGGCUGGGCUUGCGUAACAUUCGUGUAUAUUUAUGUUAUUGUCUUCGGUCUCACCUACGGACCUCUAAUCUGGACAUUGCCCUCAGAAGUGUUCACUAAUGUCUAUCGAGCAAAGGGUGUGGGAUUUGCGGUCGCCGUCAGUUGGUUAUGCAACUUCAUCAUUGGCGUUGUCGUACCACCAAUGAUCGAGAGUAUCACGUACGGAACGUUCAUCUUUUUCGCCGCAUUCUGUGCCCUUGGGGCGGUUUUCAGCUUUUAUCUGGUGCCUGAAACGGCCAACAAGACUUUGGAGGAGCUAGACUCGGAUGCUAUUUUCAAGUAA